CCAAUUUAAAACUGAAAGACUGAGAGACCAGGCUGGAAAAUACUGCUGGUCUUACGGCUCGUUUUUCUACAGUAACUUGUCAGCACAUACAGGGCACAAUUGUAUAAAAGUUUAUAAUCUAAAAAGUUUAUAAUUUAAAAUUUAAAAUAGAAUAAUAAUACGGAAAUAAUACGAAAACAUUACGACGUAAUCGGGCUCUGAAGGAGGAGCAGCCCAUGAAUUUGGACACAGUCCAGGUCUGUAAAAACGCAGUGAUUUCCCCUGGUUCAGCUCUGUCGGGUAAUCCGACGAGUCUCAUGUUUGGAUCUCCGGCUUCUGUUUUCAAGGUCGUCCACUUUCAGUAGGAGUUCCUGACAGUUUAGUUCAAUAACAAGUGGCCUCCCAACUUGUUAGUGAGGAAACCACGUCCUCAAUUUUACUCAUACGAGAUUCUGCUGAGCAGUGUAAAAUGCAAACCAACGUCCAGAUAAUCCAAACUGUUGUAGAGCAGUGAGGUAUAUUCAGCAAAUCUAAGGAAGACUUCCUGCUGGAAAACAUGUCUGACAGCAUACAAACAAAAAGGAGAAGAACAGAUCCACAAACUAUCCUCUGUGACAUGUGUACAGAGGACAGGAAACCAGCAAAGAAGACGUGCAUGAAGUGUGAGAUCUCCAUGUGUGUCCAGCACCUCCAGGCCCACCUGACCACACCUGUGUUACUGCAGACUCAUCCUCUGACUGAACCCAUGGCUUUAUGUGGGAACACCAAAUGUUCUCAGCACGGCAAGCUCCUGGAGUACUACUGCUUGGACGACAUGACCUGUGUGUGUGUUUCCUGCGCCAUUGAGGACCAGCACCGCCUACACAAUAUGAAGACCUUCUCCACAGCCCACAAAGAGCUCCUGGAGAAGCUGAAAGCUGAGCAGCUGAUCUUACAGGAGAAAACAGACGAUGAGGAUGUGAGUCUGGAAAAGUGGGAGAAGAGUGAAAGAGAGAAGCUGGGUCGCUGCAGUGUGCGUCUGAUUGAGGCUGUGACUAAGCUGCGUGACAUCUCUCUGACCAGCGUCCAGAGCUCAGUCUCUGCUCGUAUGGUGUCCCUGAAAACCAGCAAGAGCAGCAUGGAAGCAGCACAGAAGGAGAAGGACACCUUCAGAUUCCUGCAGAUGUAUUCUCAGGUGCAUCAGGAUGUGGAGAAGGCCAAAGCUGUGGAUCUGAGAAAAGGGCUGGAGCCGGGCAGCCAUCGGGACAAACUGGUUGAGGAGAUGAGACAGAAUGGGGAGAAGAUGGUGAAGCAAGCGUCUCAGUUCUGGGGAUCAUUGCUGACUCUGGUUGAUCCUGAACACCACCAGGAGCUUGUUCCCACUGAUUCACAUCUGAUCUUUGAGCCACAGUCUCUGGGUCCUGGCAUGUCGCUGUCCAAAGACAAGAGGAAGGUUUUCCACAACAGCUACCUGGGACAGUGCUGUGCAACUCUUCUAAUCUGUAGUACCAAGACAGCCAGCAGCUAUCAGAGGUGGGUGGUCAGUCUGCCUGAAGAGUCUGAUUGGACGACUGGUUUAUGUGAAAAAACAUCUGCAAAGAACUUGAAGGAUGGAGCUGUGUAUGGACUGUGCUGGGAAGAUAAGCAGCUCAGCAGCCUCACAACAAAGAGAAAUGAAGGUUCUCAAUCAUCCACUUCACAAGGUUUGAAGGUGCGAAAUACUGGCACAGCCAAAACUGGGACCCAACUCGUGACAACCUCUGCAUUAAUCACAUAUCAGGGGGAGAAUGGAGAAGAGCCUGUACCACGACCUGAAAAGGUGGAGGUGUUGUGGAACUUUCCUGCCUCCACGCUGUCCUUCUUCAGGAGAACCAGACAGCACCAGAGAGAAGAAAUCAUCACAAUGAAGCUUAAAGUAAGCAUCAACAACUGGGACCUGGUCCCAUUUGUCCAACUGGGAAAGCAAAAUAUCCACAGCACGACCCAGCAGCAGCAGUGGAAGUGUUCAUGUGGAAAAGAUUACUACUGGGAUGGUAACAGGUACCGGGAUCAUAGUUCCGGCUACUCCCACCAGUCUGUUUGUUCCUGUGGAAAAGCUCUUAGUGUCACAGAGAUGGUUUGUAAACUUUGCUAAUUGUAGCUCUGUUUGUUUGUUUGUUUUUUCUUUUUUUGUUUUCACAAGAUGAAUAUAAAUUUAAGUCACUGGUGAAUUCAGUGUGAUGAAUCUUUAGUUAUGAAUUUGUAAAAUUUAAAGAGUAAACAAAAUUCAAAUCAAACAUGAAAUGCAUAUUCACUUGCAUGUUUUACAAUUUUACUUAUCUUUUGCAUUUCUUUCCAAUGUAGCAACAAAGUCUUUUAGUUUAAAGUUUUCUGCUUUAUUUCACCUGCAAGUUGAAGAUGUUUGUCUCCAUCUACUGUUGGUGCUCUCACAGAGUGCUUUGGCCUUAUUAAUGAGAACAAAGAAACUUCUGUUUUUGAUACACUGUAAAUGAUUUGAUCAAUAAUGAAUUAAGUUGAUGUUCAGUUUGGAAAAUAAAGGAACUAAAGGAACCCAGCAAGGGAACGUCAUCCAUAAGAUAAAUUAAUA